CUCCCCCCACUCCACUCUCCUCUCCUCCUCUCUCUCUCUCGCCCUGACAGCAACAGCAGCCACAACACCAGUCCUCCUCUUCCUCCUCCUCCUCCUCUUCCUCCUCACACCCGUGCGCUUUGCGCCCUCAGCCGUUUUCCCCCUCUGCCCGUGCCGGACGCGUCCUGUGGUGUGAAGCGUGGAAGAGCCGCGACACAGAGGGAGUGUCCUCACUAUCAUCCUCCAUCUGUGGACACUGAGGACUGACAGGAUCCUCCUUGGCUGUUCCUGCUUCAGUUCCUGCUGCUGCUGCUGCUGAUGAUGAUGAUGCCUCCUCCUCCUCCUCCUCUUCUGCGCGCGCUGGUCAUCUGUGGCGACCGUGCUCCGUGUGGUUGAUGCUGGACGUGGUACCCGUCACUGACUGACUGUACAGCGGAUAAAAGAAGAGAUUAAAGAGGAGGAACGAGUAGAGAAGGAGUGAGGGGUGAGAGAAGAAGAGAAGAUGGGGAGCACGACCUCCUGCUGCGUGUGCGUCAGCCCCAAGCUCCGCAGAAACGCGCACUCCAGGCUGGAGUCUUUCCACCAGGAGUCCGACCUGAGCAGAGAGGAGACGGGCGGUAACCUGCAGCACAUCAGCGACAGAGAGAACGUGGACGAGUUAAACCUGGAUUAUAAUCCCUCAGAUCAUCCACGCGUCAGCACCAUCUUCCUAAGCAAAUCCCAGAACCACGAGGUUCCGUUCAGGAAAGUGCACGAAAAGAGAAAAAGCCUUUUCAUCAAUAAUAACGGAUCUCUGAGGAGGAAAUACAGCUCGUGUUCCACCAUCUUCCUGGACGACAACACAGUCAGUCAACCCAACCUCAAAUACAUCAUCAAAUGUGUAGCACUGGCAAUUUACUACCACAUAAAAAACAGAGACACAGACAGACGAAUGCUGCUCGACAUAUUUGAUGAAAAACUUCACCCACUCUCGAAAUCUGAGGUUCCGUCAGAUUAUAACCAGCACGACCCGGAGCAGCGUCAGAUCUAUCGCUUCGUCAGGACUUUGUUCAGUUCGGCUCAGCUCACGUCUGAGUGCGCCAUCGUCACACUGGUUUACCUGGAGCGGCUCAUGACCUACGCCGAGAUCGACAUCUGUCCAGGGAACUGGAAGAGGAUCGUUCUGGGCGCCAUCCUGCUGGCGUCCAAGGUCUGGGACGACCAGGCUGUCUGGAACGUGGACUACUGUCAGAUCCUCAAGGACAUCACCGUGGAGGACAUGAACGAGCUGGAGCGUCAGUUUCUGGAGCUGCUGCAGUUCAACAUCAACGUGCCGUCCAGCGUCUACGCCAAGUAUUACUUUGACCUGCGGUCGCUCUCCGAGUCCAACAACCUCAGCUUCCCUCUGGAGCCGCUCAGCAGGGACAAGGCCCAGAAACUGGAGGCGAUUUCCAGAUUAUGUGACGACAAGUACAAGGAUGUUCGUAAAACGGGGAGGAAACGCUCGGCCAGCGUGGACAAUCUCUGUGGAAUCAGAUGGGUUCCUGCAAUUCUCUCCUAACCACAAAGAACUGCCAUAACCUGAAGACCAUACGACUGAAGCACAUGGACAAAAGAAACCCAACAUGAUUCUAGAACUUUAGUCUGGAUACUUGGACCUCACACCUUCAAGCUCGAGGCGAGAAACUGAAAACCACUAAGGUGGUAAAUAAUGGAGAGAAUUUUCACUGAACUUCUAACGUGAUGCCUUCACAGUGCCUCAAAAAACAAAAACAAAAAACAAAGGACGUCCACGAACAACAGCCUUCAAACUUCCUCUAACUUUACAAACCUGCUCUUUUUCAGGUUUGAGGUCUGAAACAUUCUUUUGUGCCUCAAGGACGUUAGCAUAGCACUGGAAUUUGUACCCAUUAUAUUCAUGUCCUCUCAAAGGUCUUCGUAGUAUAACAAACACGUAAGCAAGGUUUUCUUUUGUUGGAAAUCUGUAAAAUAAGGUUUUCUGUAAGUAUUUCUACUGUAACUCUUUGAUUCUCAGGUAGUCGUUUUAGUUUAGUUUGUUCACUGAUUUUUUUGAUUUUUGAAUAUGAAACACAUGUAAAAGGUCGGGUCAUACUUACCAUGUUUCAUUCAUUAUUACAAGGAUUCUUGUCGGUCAAACGCUCCACAGUUGCAGGAAGUUGUGUGUUUUCUUGUUCUCCUUUAGCACUGACUUGUAAAUAUGUGGGAGCUGGAGGACUUCCACACGUAACCUCCAACAGGUGUCCAUGGUUACCGUCUUUGUUGUUGUCUCUUUUCUCCAAAACCAACAGGAAAGUGUUGCAUGCACAGUGGGCCAGAUGCCUCAGAUGCCUCAUGACAUAUUUCCGGUUUUAAAUCAUGCAUCUCACUCGACUCACAUCUGUCAUAUUUUCACUCUUCAAAAUGAGUUUUGAAGAGUUUUCCUAUUACGGUCUGCAUAGAAUCAGAUUCGCGGAACCCACGCGACCCCAAAGAGACUCACAUAUAUGAGUGUGAACAGAACCCAGUUCUUGUACAAGCACAAACUCUAAGAACCAUAAUAAGUUACAACAUGAAAUGGACAGUUUAUCAGACGCUACGUUCGUGCGCCACAACGCCACUACCGGGUUCCCACAGGUGCUUGAAAUCCUUGUACUUACUUAGUUUCCAUGGCUUUCCGACUCAAAAUGACUUGGAGGAAACGAUGGCUUGUAAACUUAUGCCGGGAAAACUCUUCACACACUAAGUUCUGUCGCAGACAUUUUGCUCCCGAUCACCAUAUUGAGCUGACAGCCUAUUGUGGUCCACGUAGAAUCAAACAGAUUCAUGGAACUCAAGCGGACGUGGAGAGUAUGACCAGAUCAGACCAGACCAAAUCACAAUAAAAAUCGUGACAAGAGCAAAUUUGUGCACCACAUAGUGACUUUACGGGUCCUUGAAAUCCUUUAAAAGUUUUUGAAAACCGCCCUAAAUAGACAUUGAGGGUCAUUGAAAGUGCUAGAAUUUUGUGUGAGAAAGAAGUUCAGUUAUUAUAUUUUAGGUUAAAUGUCUCCCUUGUUUGUUACGACGCCACCUUGUGUUUCCUACCCUGCAUUGCUUGAUGUACAUAGACGAGGCCUAUAAUCACUAGCGGUGUUGUGGACACUGUCCACUGUCUCUCUCUCCACGGUUGACGUGAGAUUCCGUGCAGAAAAACGAGCAAGUAAAGUUAAAGUAAGAGAGAGCAGAUGACGAAAAUGAGGGGAUUGUUCCUGGAAAAAUCUGUGAAAAGUCUUUAGAACCUCUGUAACACCUCAUAUAAUCCUCCAAGAGAUGUUUGGUAAAGUAAUUACAACUCAAAUGUAUGCAUGUUAUUUAAAAACGUAUGCACAUUCAUUUAAUAGCAAAAAUAAUCUCCCAUGGCCCGUCUGUGGGACCCGAACCCAGAGUGGUCACACGUGCACAGCCCACAGUGGGCAUCACAGCUCAAAUAGAUAUAAAAGAAAUCCUUGUCGAGAUCAUUCAUCUGGAGAAAGUCAUUCCAAUAAUAUUCAUGAAGUGAUGGACAGAGACAUUGUUUAAAGAUAAAAUGAAAAACAUUAUUUUAUUUGUUUGUAACCAAAUGGAAAAUAACACAAAUCAUUAAAUGCACUCGUACUUUUUUUAGUCUCAGUAAAAAUUCUAUUAAAUAAACUGCUGAGCCACAAACUUAAUAAUAUUCAAACUGACGCCACUUUUACCAUUUGUAUUAUACUGUAUUAUAUUAUAUUAUAUUAUAUUAUAUUAUAUUAUAUUGUUGUGUUUCAGUUUUUAUUUCUACUGUUUACACAAAUAACUGAUCAGGUUUUCUCCUGUUUUCUUGUUUACCUGAAAACAGACGCUCUUAUUUUGCUAUAAUUAACUUUGUGUAAAAGUGCACAGAUAGUUCACAGAGACAGGAACUUUGUAAAUUAUUUAUGGACUUGUGGGAUUUUUUUGUUUUUUAAAUAAAAGAAAAUUGCUCUUGUCUAAAAAA